CAUCCCUUUUACCACUUCCAACCUUCACUACCAUAUCAUCUCCCUUCCUCUGUUUUCCCCUGUUUUUCUCUGUAUUCCCCUGUUUUUCUUUACACUCAAGUAUAAUAUAAUCACAGUAUGGGAUCAACCUCGGCGGAGAAGACCCAAAUGGGGGAAGACGAGGCGUGCUCGUUCGCGAUGACGGUCACGAGCGGGUCGGUCCCGCCCAUGGUCCUUAAGGCAGUGAUUGAGCUUGAUGUGCUUGAGAUCAUCAAACGGGCCGGGCCUGGUGCUCACUUAUCCCCGGCUGAGAUUGUGGCCCAGUUGCCCUCCAAGAACCCGGAUGCUGCCAACAUGUUGGAUAGGAUGCUCCGGCUUUUGGCUAGCUACUCUAUCCUUUCUUACUCCCUUCAAACCCGAGCCGAUGGGCGGGUUGAGAGGCUUUAUGGGCUUGCCCCGGUUUGCCAGUUCUUGACUAAGAAUGAAGAUGGUGUCACCUUGGGUGCUCUGUCGCUUAUGAACCAGGAUAAGAUUCUCAUGGAGAGCUGGUACCACCUAAAGGAUGCAGUUCUUGAUGGUGGCAUUCCAUUCAACAAAGCCUAUGGAAUGACUGCAUUUGACUACCAUGGAACUGACCCUAGAUUCAACAAGGUCUUCAACAAUGGAAUGUCGAACCACUCUACCAUUACCAUGAAAAGAAUCCUCGAUACGUAUAAGGGAUUCGAGGGUCUCUCAACCUUGGUCGAUGUUGGAGGUGGCACUGGUGCAACACUUAACAUGAUCCUCUCAAAACACACUACUAUUAAGGGUAUCAACUUCGAUCUGCCUCAUGUUAUCGAAGAUGCACCCGCAUACAAUGGAGUGGAGCACGUCGGAGGAGAUAUGUUUGCAAGUGUACCAAAAGGAGAUGCAAUCUUCAUGAAGUGGAUUUGCCACGACUGGAGUGACGAGCAUUGCCUAAAGUUCUUGAAGAAUUGCUUUGCUUCCUUACCAGACCAUGGAAAAGUGAUUGUCUGCGAGUACAUCCUCCCAGUGGCACCGGAAACUAGCCACGCAGCAAGGACCGUCUUCCACGUGGAUGCGAUCAUGUUAGCUCACAACCCGGGUGGUAAAGAAAGGACAGAACAAGAGUUUGAGGCCUUGGCUAAAGGAUCUGGAUUUGAAGGGUUUAGAGUGGCAUGCUCAGCUUAUGAUACUAAGGUCAUGGAGUUUUUGAAAAAGUCAAGUUAAUUAAUCAAUUGGAUCAUUAUCUCAGCUUAUUGUAUGUAUUUUAUGGAUAUGAUUUUGGGUAUGGUGUUAUGAUAUGUUGUAUACUUUUGAUUGUGACUUGAGUUAUGAUCAUAUGUCCAGCUUUUGAAAGGUGAUUCUCUAUCUUAAUAAAGGAUGCUUAAUCUUUUACUUA